AUGAGCGAAUUUCAAUAUCUCUCUGAAGAUUAUUCGCCAAUGCAGCAAUCUUCCACAGUCACUUGUUUCAAAGAAGAUUGCAAAAAUAUUCCAGAAUAUCUUUGUAAGUGUGAAGAAAAACGUUCAUUAAUGUGCAAUCUGCACAUUGGAGAUCAUAUCAAACCAUUUCCCCAAAAUCAUAUGCUAGAAAGUAUAUUUGAGGCUGUAAAUUUUGAAACUCAAAAAGCACUCAUUAAUUUCUUAAGAGAAGAAAAGCAGAGUCUCAAUGAAAUUCAGUCCAAAAUAAUAGAGAAGCUUUCAAUGACUUUUAUAGAAGUUGAAGAUUAUAUUGAAAAAGAAUUAAAAUCAAUAACAGAUGAAGUAAAACAAAUAGAUAACUUGAUCGAAUUUUUAGGAAACACAAAAGAAGUAGACCAUUUUUAUUGAAUAUAUACAAAUUUAAGAGAUAGCCAGUCAGUUGUAAUUUAUAAUCUGUCAGAAUAUCUAAAAUUAACUCAAGUUCAAUAG